AUGACAGACGAAGAAUUCGAGUCCCCUAGAGUUAAUGCCAUCGUUGAGAAGGUGCUAGUCAUCCACAGGAGUGCUCCCACUGAGAAGAUCAUUGCAAAAUUGGGGUAUCCCGACCUUAUCAUUUACGAGUUCAAUGGCUCUAUCAUAUCAGUUGAGGACAGGACCAACAUUGCCGAUUCUUUCAACCUCCCAGUUAAUGAAGGUGGACCAACCGUCCUCUUCCUGAGCGCAGCCUGUGGAGGUGCCUUGAACCUAGCUGAUUGGCAGAGCACACCGGAUGCCCAAGCGAAGCAGGUGUAUGUCUACGAUGCUAAGAUACAAACUCAGAUUGACGAUCUCAAGCACGAAAUCCUUUCAUCAAAGUCUAGCGCCUCGGAACCAAUGGCAAGAUGGUACCAGAGACAUGAUCAGGACGGCCGUCCAGCGGCAGCACUACCAACCAAGGAACAGGUUGGAGCGGCGCUGGCCAAGGUCACUACUGAAUGGGAAGUGUACCACGAUGAGAAGACGAGGCUUCGGGCAGACGACUCUGAGGAUCCAAAGAAGAAGAAACAGAAGCAGAGGCAGGCAGAGGCAGAAUAA